AAUACAGAGCUUGUAUCCAUGGCCAGCCUCGAUCCCACGGGUGUGCUGGGAGCGCUUGUUUCUGAAGCUCUUAAAGAAGUGAUUGCGCUUGCCAAGUCUGCCAUUCAUUGCAAGAAGAAGUGCAGCGAGUUGGAAGUUUCAUUGACCGAAGCAUCAGGUCUGCUAGGUGAAAUGAAGAGAUAUUCUGCUGCCGAGGGCUCUCUGAGCUCCUCACAACUGGAUUCCUGGCUGAAAGCCCUCCAAGCCAAGGUUGAAGAGGCUAAACCUCUUGUUCUUGAAUGCCAGUCUCUGCAAAAUCCCAUUCUAGAUGGCGUAAAGAGGAUAACACUUGCUACCAAGAUCGAAGACUGCUCCAAGGCGAUCCAUGGGCACUUGGCUGCAGCUCCUCGACAUCUUGUCGUUGAGCUUUUGUUGAAGAAGCCAAAAGAGGUGCCCUCUAAUGUGGUUCCAAAGGAAGAACAGCAUGUGGUUCCUCUGGAUGACCACAUUUUCGGUAUGGAAGAGACGCUAGAGCGGGUUGUAUCAAACUUGCUGGGGUCCCCUGUAAGCAGAAAGUGGAUUGGAGUCCAUGGAGCAGGAGGUGCUGGAAAAACACUCCUGGCCAAACGAGUAUGUGACAACGAUCAAGUCAAGGGGCGUUUCGAUCCAGUUUUGUGGCUAACAUUCGGUCAGUCGGUUCAGGUGGAAGCAAAGCAACACGAACUUGCCAAAAAAAUCCGACUAGAAGGUGAUCAGAUCAGCAAUGAAACUCUGAGGAGGGGGCUUGUUGGGAAGAGAUGCUUGCUAGUGUUGGAUGAUGUCUGGAAGUUCAUUCAUUUGGAUCUGUUUGAUGUGGUGCAAGAGAAUGGAAGCAAGAUCUUCAUUAGCACUCGAAAACGUGAUGUGCUUGACAGUAGAGGUGCAAUCAAAACCGAGAUGGGGCUCUUGGGUAAGGAGGACAGCAUGAAGUUGUUCGCAGUCCACGCAUUCCCAAACCAAAAUCAUGCUCAAGUCAGCAAGGCAGUGGUGGAGCAAGUUGUGGAAAAGUGUGGGGGGCUUCCAUUGGUCUUGAAGGUAAUUGGCAGAAGAAUGGCAGCCACACAAGAUUGGGACUAUGUUCUGAGCAAACUCAAGGAUCAACAACUUAUUGCUCUUGAUGAGGAACAACAGGUACUGGAGCGACUCAAGCUGGGUUAUGAUGCAUUGUUGCCCCUUCGCAUCCAGCAGCACUUUCUCUUCUUUGCUGCAUUUCCAGAAGACUGGCCGAUUCGAUUUUGGGAGCUGUUCAGGUGUUGGAAAGGGGAAGGGCUGGUUGCCAACAUAGCAGAGGCCACGAAUGUUCUAGAAAGGCUCAAGAAUCACGCACUUAUCACUGAAGAAGACCACUGGCGGGAUUAUAAGAGGUACAGGAUUCACGAUGCGUUGCUGGCUCUUGCUUUGCACAUCCUGGAAAAAGAAGUCCCCAAGUGUUAUUUCAAGGCUGGGCAGUCGCAGAUGAGGGAUGUGGGGGACGCUUUCACGAGUAACUACAGUAGGAUUUCACUGUUUGGGUGUGGAAUUUCGGAAAUCCCUCUGCCCAAGAAGAACAGGGUCAAAGUUUCCAGCACCACUUGCCUGCUCUUGGAUAAAAAUCCCCGUCUCACUGCAUUCCCAAGCCUCUCUCUUUUCGAAGGCUUGAAGGUUUUGUGCCUGAGUCACACUGGGCUGAUAAGUUUGCCACAUAGCAUUGGACAGCUGAAGACUCUGGAAACGCUGGAUUUGUCUUGGAAUGAUUCACUCAAAAGCAUCCCAGAUUCACUGGGCAACUUGGCGAAUUUAUCAUAUUUGAACCUGGAAAACUGCAGGAAACUCAAGUCUUUCCCUGUGGAUGCUUUGCUCAAACUCACCAAGCUGGUCUACUUAAACGGAAGGGGAUGUCGGAGAAUGUGGACAUGCCACAGGCUGCAUCAUCGGCUUUUGAAACAUCAGAAAUGCGUAAACAGAAAGCUUGGAAGACUCCAUCUGGAUGGGAUGUUUCAGGCAUUGACAGAGUUGGCGGUGUUUAUUAUUCAUACAGGGUUGGCUGUGGAUCUACCAGCAAGCACAGGCAAACUGGCCCAUUUGAAACAGUUGGAAAUACAGGGUUGGAAACAGGGAAUAUGUGACAGCUUUCAAGGCUUGCCCGACCUUGAGAUUUUGAAACUCUGGGGAUUGGAGCUUCCAUUGACCUCAGACUGGGACUGGAGCAGAUUUCCGAGGUUGAGAACUUUGGAAGUGAGCUGCUUUGGGAAAAGUGACUUUAAAGUAACCUGCAGCAUGGAGAACUUGCAGGAAUUGAAACUCUGGGGAUUGGAGUUUCCUUUGCCAGACUGGGACUGGAGUAGAUUUCCGAGGUUGAGAACUUUGGAAUUGGAAGUGAGUUGCUUUGGGCAAAGUGACUUUAGAGUAACCUCCACCAUGGAGAACUUGCAGGAAUUGAAACUCAAGGGAUUUCCAUUGUCAGACUGGGACUGGAGCAGAUUUCCGAGGUUGAGAACUUUGGAAGUGAGACGCUUUGGGCAAAGUGGCUUUAAAGUAACCUCGAGCAUGGAGAACUUGCAAGAAUUGCAUAUUUGUCACAAUGACCACCUUGAAGGGCUUUCUUUCUUAACACGGGAAAUGUUUCCCAUGCUGGCAACACUCCACCUUUCGGGAUGCGAAAAGUUGAUUGGGGUGCCCACCAUCUCUCAACUGGCAUCACUCAAGGUCCUCAACAUCUCCAAAUGUCCCUCCUUGAAGGACCUCUCCAUCUCGUUCCUUCCAAAUCUAGAGCAUCUUGCUCUAGAUUUCUGCAACGAUGUGACCACCAUCAACAUAUCCGAGUGCCCAUCACUGACAGUUGUUCGAAUUGACUCCCUUCACAUCCAUGCCCAUGUUGUUGCAUUCGGUGGCAACUUCCCGCGACUUGAACAAAUAAUCCUUGGUGGAUUUGAACAGCUUCCAUGGAUGCCUUCCCACAGCUGACGCAGCUGGAAAUAAAACGCUGUGGUAUUGACCAACUACCAGAAUGGUUUGCAUCACUCACAACGUUGAGAACUUUGCGAUUAACUUAUUUGAAGAACUUGGAUGGGAUACCCGAUGGUGUUGCAAGGCUUCCUCUGCUAAGGAGGCUUGAUCUGGGAGGUUGCAAGAAGAUCAACAUGUUACCCUCUGCAGAUUCUGAGGACAGCUCCUUCUAUCCAUCCUUGGAGUACUUAUGCUUGAGAAACACAUCCGUCUCUCAAGAGCACCUCUCGGAACGCCUUCGAAAAAUUGCAAAGUUUUAAUGGGAAGUUUUUUAGAAGAUGAGGACCUCUGCAAUAACCAAAUCUCAAAUUAACCAAGCUUUGGAACAAUGCAAAGAGUCCAUCUUUCAUGAUCAGUGUCAUGUUGGCAGUACUCCAGUUCAACCUGGAAAACGAACAGACAGAAUCAUAGUACCAAAGCAACAAGCCUCGUUUUACCUCGAGCAAACAAACCAGCACCCAUAAAGAGAUCACGCACAGGUUCGCACGAGAAUCAAGACGGAGCAUCUUCAUUUCAUACAAACCUGGCCAUCUUGAGAGUGCUCCACCGGGUAGAUGCCAAGAAGAGCAUCUCGCUCGCGAUCUGACGAAGCCGAGCGUGGUAUUCCGCCGAGGAAUCCACCGCUGCGCGGCCUGGCGGCUGCUGCUGCUGCUGCUGCUGGAUGCUGUUGGCGAUAUCCACGCAGGUGUUCCAGAUCCGGUAGCUCAGCUUCCAGAUUUGCAGCCGCUGCUCCUCGGAGAGCUCGGAUUUGAGGCCAAGCACGCAUUCUUGGAGUUCGGAGAAGUCUGCUCGAUGUUGCAAACGAGGCGCUCGAUUCUCCGCAGCGGAUUCACAGUAGCCUCAUCCCUGGAUCCCUGGAUCACUAAGUACCUCCGAGAUGAGCAUCGUGAGAGGAAGCGAUCGCCGCGUAGCCCUAGAAUAUUUUCCCUUCCCUCUUUGUUAGGGCUCGGGAAUCGAUCGCUGCGCCAUGGGACAGCAAUGGAGGCGUGGAAGGUAUGGAAUCUCUCGUAGUUGCCGCUUCACAGCUUUAGCUUCCAGUCUUAGCACUGUGUGAGCUUGAGCAAGAUUUUCCGCAAGAAGUACAUUCGCUACACACGCCACUAAAGUCAGUGGUGCUUAGUUCC